AUGAUAGCUGCUAUCUCGCUGCUAAGUGUAAUUACUUGCUUAGGAGCGACUGGAAAUCUCCUGGUCAUUAAAACGAUUUUGAACGUGAAAAGAAGAAAGCUGUACGAAUAUCUCAUUUUGAACCUGGCUAUUACAGAUGCAGGAACCUCUCUUGUUAGUAUUCCUUUGGAUAUUGCAGAGCAAGUAAAAGGCGAAUUCCCCUACGGUGCUGCCAUGUGCCAUGUUAUCUACCCACUACAGUCUGUACUUAUCUACGUUUCUGUUUUGACACUUUUGCUUAUGAGCACAGAACGCUAUAAAUUAAUCGUCACACCCAUGAAGCCUAGAAUGCACAUCAAAACUGCGUUCAUUAUCAUCGCUGCGAUGUGGGUUUUAUCUUGCUUGAUCGUGCUACCAUUUUCAGCCGCUCUGAAACUCGAAGGAAAUCAAUGCAGUGAACACUGGCCAAAGGUUUACAGCGGAAAAGCGUUCACCCUAACCAUUUUUAUAUUCCUCUACUUUGUACCCUUAAGCGUCAUGAUAUUUCUCUACUCCUCGAUAAUUUUUACGUUUUACAAAGACAUGAAGACCUUAAAAGUAAGAGUGAGAAAGAGAUCCGUCUCUAUAGAGUCGAUCAAUUUACGAUUGCAUAGGAACGCCAGAAUCGUCAAAGUGUUUGUAGCUGCAGUAGUUGUGUUCGCAAUGUGUAUGUUACCCACUCACAUAGUCUGGUUAUGGCACGAUUUUGGCCAAGGUUCUUCUAGUCCUUUGUUCGGAAGAGUCUCAACGUUUAGCAACAUCUUUAUGUACACUAAUUCUGUUCUCAACCCGUUUAUACUCGGAUUUGUUAUGACUGAUGGAAAAGGCUACCUCAGAAAGUUGUUCUGCUGCCGUUUAAGGCGGUCGACUAGUCCUAGACGUAAACAAGCGUUCGUGCUCCGAACUCAAUCGCCUUCCAUGUCAAAGCACUACAACGAUGGAUCACCUUUUCUUUCAUUAUCAAAGGCUCCAAUCUGUGACCAGGAGAUAGGCAUAGCAAACAAAACUAACACCGGCGAUAGUCCAAGUCUCCGA